AUGUUUGCGGUACAUCGCGUGCAUGCUAAUCCUUUUGCAGUUGGUAGCAGCAAUGUCUUCGGUGCAUUAUACUCGACUGACAACAGUGACGGAAGCAAUGGCAAGGACACGGAAAAGUCUCAAGACGAAGCGAAUGACGCCGACAGCGACAAUGUAGAAGUUGUGAUUAAAAAUGACUUGGUUACUGUUGGGGAAGGUGACAAUGCGCCCACGUAUCCCCACGUCUUGGUAAUGCCAGCUCUCCGCCGCCCAUUCUUCCCAGGCGUCGUACUCCCUAUGACCAUUUCAAAUCCGGAAACUACACGUGCACUGAUGGCGUUAAAGGAAAGUGGACAAAAGUAUGUUGGCGUGUUCUUGAAAAAGUCAAAUGGGGACCCUCUCAAAUCCGGUGGAGGUGAGGAUGAGAUCAAAAAUCUGAGCGAGAUUCACCACGUCGGUAGCUUUGCUAGAAUCGACAAUAUGCUACCAUUUGAUGCAAACUCAGUCCAGGUGUUAAUGGUCUCACAGCGACGCAUUGCAAUUGACAGUCUUCGGGAUGAAGGGCCUCCUAUUCGAGUGAACAUAAGCAAUUUGGAUAGUCCCCCAUUUGAUCCAAAGAGCAAGCUGAUUCGUGCUUAUUCGAACGAAAUUGUCGCCACAUUAAGGGAGAUUGUUAAGAUGAACCCACUGUUUAAGGAUCAUAUGCAGUACUUUUCGCAACGGGUUGAUGUUCACAAUCCUUACAAACUAGCUGAUUUUGCGGCAUCUGUAACAUCAGCAGAUGGAGAGGAGCUACAAUUUAUAAUGGAGGAAAUGUCGUGUGAAGCUCGACUGAAAAAGGCUUUGGAGCUUAUUACCAAGGAGCUAGAACUCAGUAAGGUUCAGCAGACGAUUAAAGAGCAGGUAGAGGAAAAAGUAUCGAAAAAUCAGCGCAACUUUUUGUUAAUGGAGCAGUUGAAAGCGAUCAAGAAGGAGCUUGGUAUGGAAAAAGAUGACAAGGAAGCAAUGAUUGUUAAGUAUCGUGAGCGUCUUGCCGAGUUCGCAAGCGGCAGCAUUCCUGCCAGUGUGAACGAGAUUAUUGAAGAUGAACUAAAUAAAAUGUCGAUGCUUGAAAAAAAUUCAUCGGAGUAUAAUGUCACACGCAAUUAUUUGGAUUGGCUCACGCAGCUUCCAUGGGGAAAGAGCACCGAGGAAAACUUUGAUUUAGCCAAGGCAAAACAGAUUCUUGAUGAGGACCACUAUGGACUUAAGGACAUCAAAGAGCGCAUCUUAGAGUUUAUUGCCGUUUCCAAGCUAAAGGGAAAUGUUCAGGGUAAGAUCGUUUGUUUUGUCGGCCCUCCUGGUGUAGGCAAGACGAGUAUUGGCAAGUCUAUCGCUCGUUCAUUGAACCGCGAGUUUUACCGCUUUUCAGUAGGUGGCCUUAGUGAUGUUGCAGAGAUUAAAGGUCACCGCCGCACAUACGUAGGUGCCAUGCCUGGCAAGAUAAUUCAGUGUUUAAAAUCAACUCAAAGUUCGAACCCACUUAUUUUGAUCGAUGAGAUCGAUAAACUUGGUCGUGGAUAUCAAGGCGAUCCAGCGUCAGCAUUGCUAGAGCUACUAGAUCCGUCACAGAACAGUGGAUUUGUUGACCACUACAUGGACGUGCCAGUCGAUCUGUCCCGAGUCCUUUUUAUCUGCACUGCCAACGUUACGGACACAAUUCCUGGACCCCUGCUGGAUCGUAUGGAAGUCUUGCGUCUGUCCGGUUACGAUUCGCCGGAAAAGUUGGCGAUUGCGAAAGAUUAUCUGGUGCCCAAAAUUUUAGAAAGAACCGGUUUAGGAGAACACGAGACAACACCUAAAUCAUUGGGCUUGACUGACGAAGCAAUUUUGACUCUGGUGAAGCAGUAUUGCCGAGAAAGUGGUGUUCGUAACCUGGAGAAGCACGUAGAAAAAAUAUUUCGCAAAGUUGCUCUCGAAGUCGUAGAAGAUUUAGAGCGUGCAAAACAUCAAGAGACUGGCGAGGUGACUGGUACGGAGAACGCGAAAGAUGUGUUCGAUGACGAAGCCCGGUUCUUGGUCUCGUCUGAGAAGCUAUCAAAAUACGUCGGCAAGCCCAUCUUUACAUCCGACCGCAUGUUUGACAAACAGUUUCCAGGCGUUGUGAUGGGACUGGCUUGGACAGCGAUGGGUGGUGCAUCGCUUUAUAUCGAGACUACAAAAGUACACACGAAGGGAGAUCGCUCGGGUCUGAUCACUACUGGUCAAAUGGGAUCUGUGAUGGAAGAGAGUACUAAGAUCGCACACACAUUUGCUCGUAGCAAAUUGCACGAAAUUGAUCCAGAAAGUAAGUUCUUUGAAGAAAAUGAGGUGCAUUUGCACGUACCAGAGGGAGCAACGCCAAAAGACGGACCGUCAGCUGGUUGCACAAUGGUGACAGCGCUUCUUUCUCUCGCCAUGGAUAAGACGGUCAAGCGUGAUCUCGCCAUGACGGGUGAGCUGUCGUUGAUAGGCAAGGUACUUCCUGUGGGUGGUAUUAAGGAAAAGACAAUUGCAGCAAAGCGAUCGGGCGUCAAGACGCUAAUUUUGCCUCUUGGCAAUAAGCAUGAUUUUGAAGAUUUGGAAGACUAUUUGCGAAAUGAUUUGGACACAUUCACUACCCCAAAACAGAUUAUCAUGGUGCUUCGCAUGCUUUGGAACAUUGGCUCGGGCCUCGUGUACAAAGUCUUGCACAAAGAUCCGCGUCCUGGCCUUGCUGGGUUGCAUUAUCCAGCGGUAUGGAGAGCUCGCUCUGGCUUUAUGGACUGUGAUGUUAACCUUCAUUUAAACAAUGCGGCGUACCUCUUCAGCAUGGAGCUUGCGCGUUGGCAUUUCACGGCGUCCACCGGCGUUCUGUGGCAAGCGUUGAAGCAUCGACGACAGUUUCUUGCUGCCUCGCAAGCAAUUCGCUAUCGUUACGCAAUUUCCCCAUUUCAUGCGUACGAAGUGAAGACACAAAUGAUCUUUUGGGACGGACCUUGGAUCUACUUUUUACAUCAAUUUCAGGAUCCUAGCACAGGAAAGCAAUUUGCUGAAGGGCUGUGCCGUGUCAUGGUCAAGGAUAGUGGCGGAGGAGUCACAUUUAACCAAAUGGUUUCUGAGGUCUACGACGGUCCAAUUCCGACGCCACCUAAACAGUUACCUAACGUCAUUAAAGGAUUUCUGGAGUGGGAUGCCGCAAGUCGAACUAGUAUGGAGGCUGCAUUUGAGACGGAAAAAGCGGAAAAGAGCAAAAGCUUGGCGCAAUUUGAGCCAAAAAGUAUUUGGAGUAAAAUUUGGAGGGAAAUGCAGCGCUCGAUGAAUCGUCCAUCACGACCAUCGACGCACUGA